AUGGCGUUCAAAAAGGUGGUGGUUAUCAACUGCCAGGGGCAUCUCCUCGGCCGCCUGGCUUCAACUGUAGCGAAGGAGAUUCUGAACGGGCAGCACGUGGUGUGUGUAAAGUGUGAAAAUAUAAACAUUUCAGGGUCUCUUCACCGCAACAAACUGAAAUAUCAGGCUUUCUUGAGGCUGCGCAUGAACUCCAACCCCAGAAGGGGCCCCUACCACAUGAGGGCCCCCUCACGCAUCUUCUGGCGGGCAGUACGGGGUAUGAUUCGUCACAAGACGAUCCGCGGCAAGAAGGCUUUGUCUCGGUUGGAGGCGCUGCGCGUUAUGCGGCUGCGACCGGGCCGAGACUUCUGCCGGCUGGGGGAGCUGAGUGAGAUGGUCGGCUGGUCCAAGGGAAGCUUAAUAUCUCGCCUUGAAGAAAAGAGAAAAGCGAGAUCUUUAAAACAUUUCCAGAGAAAGAAAGCUGAGGCAAAAGAGAAAGCUGCAGCAAUGAAAGAAGUUACGAAAUCUAUGCCGAAAGAAAGCGUUAGUCUGCUGCAGCAGUGCGGCUAUGCAUGA